AUAGUAUCUACAAUUGUGAAGUUAAAUGCGGAAGACUUAGAUCCAAAAGAAGGGGAAGUGAACGAAAAUUUGCUUACGUUACUUAACGAGAGGGGAACACUUUGAGCGGUCGCUUCCCCUUUCAAAUGUCACCGAUCAUCUGGCCGGGCUGUCAUAAUUAUAUUUAACGGCUUAGUUAUUCAAACAUAAUUAAACCAUUGGCUAAAAAUUAAGUCGUUUGAUUAGGUUUUAGCGGCUAGCUUCCACUCAUCGUCGUUGAUCAAUACAGUUCUGUGAUUCGAUGCUGCUUAUAUUUUUUUGGCUGAAAGGAAUAUUUUGCUGAUCCCCAGUAUGCUCGGCAAUCCCGUUUACCAGAGCGACCCGGACUAUCGUUACCAAAAUGGGGAUUUCCUGUGCAACGUCCAAGUGGUUUUCCCUCCCGCAGUAAUCGCAAUUCAUGUAGUUCAAGCUCACAGCACUAUUCAGGAGGAUUUGGUGGUCACUGCAGAGACGUCUAACAUGAACAGCGCUUUGCAAUUACGACUAACCAAUCCACGAAACUACGAAAGAAUGUUCAUAUCAACGGUGGACGCAAAAAUCUAUCAUGAACUUAAGAAAGAACAAUCGCUGCACGUAGCUUUUUCGGAGUUUGUUGAGAAUGUGAGAAAGAUUUUGACGCAAUGUCAAAGAAAAGAAAUGAAAAUAAAUCUAGUCCAAUCAGAUGGAGACAAUUAUGUGCUGAAGUUCGUUGAAGUAAGGUCAUUCCGGAAUCUUACUCACUUAAUUCUGCCUACGAAGACUGCAUCCGAGACUAACAUUAUUUUUCAUAUGAAGAAGAAUAUGUUUCAACUAGAGAAACAAUAUGAGGAGCAAAAAAAUGCAAUGCAACGUGCAACACACCAGCUAGCUCAAAAGGAUAUGUUUCUCGAUCAAUUGAGGAAAGAACUGAAUUCAACUAAAUCGCACUAUGAAGAGCAGAUCAGACAUUGUAAUUCACGCGGGACUGAGGAAAUAAACAUGUUGCGAUCCAGCAUUGAAAAAUUGACUGCGGAAAAACAACAAGACAAACGCAAUUUCGAUUUAAAACUUACCGAACUGCAUGGAAUUAUAAACCAACUGCGCAAGGACACCGCUGUGACCACCGAAGAGAAAAUACAUGCCCUAAAGGAAAAUGAGACCUUGCGGGAAGAGAUUGGCAUUAGCAAAUCAAAUUUCGCUUCAUUAAAACUACAGAACGAUAAACUUGUAGCCGAAAUGCAAAAUAAAAGAGCCUUGGAAGUAGACUCUGAAGCUCAGAAAAAACAUCUUAGGAAACAAAUAUCUGCUUUACAAAAGUCCUUAAAGGAGCAAGAAAAAGCGAAUUCUAACCUUCUUGCGGAACUCGAAGCCGAGAAGAAAGUCUGCAAUUCAAAGCGAAACGCCCUUCAACUUGCUGCCGAACAAAUUGCCAAGGCCGAUGAAGUAAUUUCAAAGCAAGCCAGCGAAAUCGAAAAAUUGAAAGAAAAUGUCGACUGGCGGACUGAUAUUGCACUUCAGCAGGAACUUAUUGUACGCGAGAAGGAGGACCUGAUUUCGCUGCAAAACAAGCAUAUAGAAAAGCUGAAAAGCAAAUUCAAAGGUUUAGGAGGGAAUCUGGAAAAUUACGAAUCGAUGCUGCAGGAAUUGCAAAAUGUAGUAGAUUCAGUGUCCACGAAAUACUCGCAAAGAAUAAAACAACUUGUGAAAAACCUGGAUCCAUCAGAAGCAUUUACUUCAAAGAGGAUAUAAGUCUUUUAGAAUUAAUUUAUUUAUUUUAUUGAAAAAAUGAUUUGAGAUAAUGCAAAAUAAAAAUGAUAUCAUUCAAUCCUUUCUAA